GCAUUUCGCCUUUCAAAUAUCAUUUUCGAAUACGAUUACGACGUGGACUGAUUAAUUUUAUAUAUAUUUUUAAUAAAAAGUAAUUUUAAAAGACUGCAAAAUGGUCACAAAAUAUUUGUUCACAAUACUCGCCAUCGCUGCCAGCACUGCUUUCGCUCAAAGUUGCCAAAACCCACAAGUAGAAGCUGCAUCUUUCACAAGUUUAGAUGCGACGGUAGUGACACAAAUCGCUUAUAUUACAGAAUUUACAUUAAAAUGUGAUAAUCCUUUGCCUGCAAAUUACGCUUUAUAUGCUGAGGUCGAUGGGAAAUCGUUGACUGCGGCGCGUAUUGGUGAAAAUAAGUACCAGGUAUCCUGGACUGAAGAGCCUUCUAAGGCACGCUCUGGUGUCCAUGAAGUCCGCAUCUUAGACGAGGAAGGUUUUGCUUCUCUACGUCGUGCUCGUCGCAGUGACCCAGCAGCUUCAGUUGCACCAUUGUUGGCUAUACAACUUAACCACCCAGGAAGCUACUCUGGACCCUGGGUUAACUCUGAAGUACUCGCAACGGCUCUUUCUGUUAUUGUUGCAUACACAGCUCUCCGUAACAAGGGAAACAUUCUAGCUUAGAUUACAGUUAUAAUUAUUGAAUAAAUUUUUUAUUUAUAA